UCGGUAUUUCUGACAGCACUGGAAGGCACCACAAGUCCAUCCUUCCCAUCAGCAAUCUGCUCAAAAAGCAUUUCUCCUGUGAGGCUCCACCAGAAAACUUCACCGACUCUCUGCACAACAACACGCCGACAUGGAUGCCCUAAAGUCGGCCGGGAGAGCCAUCAUCCGGAGCCCGAGUAUGGCGAAACAGUCCUGGACUGCUGGCAGACACAGAAAGCUUCCAGAAAACUGGACCGACACAAGGGAGACCAUUGUUGAGGGCAUGACCUUUAACCUCCGUCACCUCGGCAUGACACUAGUGGACCAGCCUAAAGGAGAGGAGCUGUCGGUGGCCGCAGUGAAGAGGAUCGUGGCCACGGCUAAAGCGAUGGGGAAGAAGCCUCAGAAGGUCGCUCUGAAGAUCUCCCCUCAGGGAAUCCUCCUGUUCGACAGCCUGUCCAACAAACAGCUGGAAAACGUCUCCAUAUACAGAAUAUCCUACUGCACAGUGGACAAACUGAACCAUAAAGUGUUUGCUUACAUUGCUCAAAACACCCUCAACGGGACCCUGGAGUGCCACGCCUACCUCUGCUCCAAGAGGAAAGUGGCUCAGGCUGUGGCUCUGACGGUAGCUCAGGCCUUCACUAUAGCGUUUGAACUCUGGCAGGUGGCCAAAGAAGAGAAAGGGAAACGGGCGAAGUCUGGUUCAGCCGGAGAGGCCAGCAGCAGCUCCCACUCAGAAAGAUCCAACAGCUUGGGGAGCCUGAAGGGGACAGAUGUGGCCACAGACAACCUGUUGGACUUUGAGGACAGUGUGCAUGUGACGGUGGAGACCAAUGGGAAUAUAGAGGAGGGUCAGCUGGAUAACCACCGGCCCUCUGAGACCAACAACAACCCCAACUUGGAACUAGAAGACGGUUUGGAUGAAGCUUUUUCAAAACUGGCAGUGUCGCGUACUAACCCCCAGGUCCUGGACAUUGGGGUGAACCCCCAGGAUCUGUUCUCUGAACCCGACUGGGACAGAACCAAUGGAAACAUUCCCAACAACCUCAGCCCAUUCGGGGACGAUAACUUCGGCUUCUGACGACAACACACCAGCGAGAAAGAGAGAGAGAGAGAGAGAGAGAGAGGACGGUUGAGGGGGAUGAGGGGGUCUUUACGUCUUCCUGAGAACUAACAAGGCAUCACUGUGUAUUUAAGAUAAGCCCACAGGAAGUCCAUAAGGGAAUAAGUGUAGAGAUAAGAGUUGGCCUCCUCACCUUGUCGUCUUCACAUGGACAAUUCUUCCCUUCUCCGUGGCACCAAAGCAAUAAUAUCAUCCUCUCUGCUAACAUCCAUACCAUUGAUAUCACCAAUCACUUCAUGUCUUUUUUUUGGGUUGCUUUUUGGAGUUAUAAUCAUGUUUAGUUAUAAUUUAUAGAUUUGUAAUUAUUUUUCUAUGGAUGAAGAGUAUGAUUUAACUUAGUUUAUAUGUACAGAUUCGUAUCAACAGGCCUUAGUAACAGCAGGACAAUCAGCCACACUUCUUUCAGUGACAGUGGAGGUAGUUAAGGGUUAAAGGUUGGUCUACUGAAAUGUAAAAAAUAAAUAGCUCUUGUUGUAUUUAUGAACUCGUUCAUGUUGCAGGCGGUUCUGUUUCAUUGCAGCGUAACAGCGUUGUGUUCAAGGUUAUCAGAUUCUCAUUUAAUGUGCGUUUUAAUCUACCAGCGUUAUACAGAAAUAAAAUAUAUAUAUUCAUGAAUAAUAAA